AUGGAAGCUGAGAGCACAGCCGCCUCCGGGGAGGCCUUCACCACCGUGACCAGCAAGAAGAGCAGGAAGAGGAGGGCGGCAGAGGACAGACCCAUGGAGACCGGGGAGCAGCCCAAGAAAAGGCCGGAUUUCCCACCGAUAUCUGGGGACAAGCUGAUGGGAGACAAAGAUGAAAUGAGAAAAAUCCCUGUUCCGUCGCACAGAUACACCCCCCUGAAAGAAAACUGGAUGAAGAUUUUUACCCCUAUUGUAGAACACUUACAGCUCCAAGUCCGAUUUAACCUGAAAACGCGGAACGUUGAAAUAAGGACCUGUAAAGAAACAUCGGAUGUUGGGGCACUAACCAAAGCUGCAGAUUUUGUCAAAGCCUUUAUUUUGGGAUUCCAGGUGGAGGAUUCCUUGGCUUUAGUUCGUCUCGAUGAUCUCUUCCUAGAGUCUUUUGAAGUCACAGACGUUAAGCCCCUGAAAGGUGACCACCUGUCUCGUGCUAUUGGCAGAAUCGCUGGAAAAGGAGGAAAAACAAAGUUCACCAUUGAAAAUGUCACGAAAACCAGGAUAGUUCUUGCAGACUCAAAAAUACACAUUCUGGGAUCAUUUCAAAAUAUCAAGAUGGCAAGAACAGCUAUUUGUAACCUCAUUCUGGGAAGCCCACCAUCUAAAGUGUAUGGAAAUAUACGGGCAGUGGCAAGCAGAGCGGCAGAUCGGUUUUAACCCUGUUCUAGGACUGAAGUGACUGCUAUAACUCCUAGGAUACUGCAGAUUCCCAUUACCCAUGGGUGUUCCUAUUUCUGCACUGCAAGCUCUUUUGGCCACUCGUACUGUAUUAAUGGCCUGGUCACAUCCCCACCACUUCUGGUAACUCAUGUGUGAUUAAUAUAAGGACUUGAUACUAAAGGAUGGUGGGGUUAUUCCUUUGUGCUACCAUGUGGGCAGCCACCAUAUCCUGAUGCUCUGUUUGCUGUGAACGGAUUAAUGGUGUGGCCAUAGCAAUGUAUGAAGAACGUUUAAUUGCAAUAAAUUAUUUUCAAGUUUA